GAUCGUAACAAAAAGCACCCUAGCUUGGAUGGUUAGGAAUUCAACUAAAUGACCAAGAGAUCCUUGUUUCAAACCCCAUGGUGGGCUUUUGGAAAAAAAUUGCAAAAAAAGAACUGGUCUAACCGGUCAAACCGAUCGAUUUGUCUAAAAGGGUGACAUAUCAGCUCGCCACAUGUCGCGCUUUAACUUUGCCAAAUGUCGCCACAUCAGCUCGCCACAUAUCGCGCUUUAGCUCUGCCAAAAGUCACGUUAAAUUGGGCAUCAUCUGGUAUUGGGGAACGGCGUGAUACUGGUCCCGAGCAUUCCAUCUUUGUAGGUGAUUUAGCUCCAGAUGUUACGGACAACUUAUUGCAAGAUACAUUCCGUGCUCAUUAUGCAUCUGUGAGAGGAGCUAAGGUUGUCACUGAUCCAAACACUGGACGAUCCAAGGGGUAUGGUUUUGUUAAAUUUGCUGACGAGGCAGAAAGAAACCGUGCCAUGAGUGAGAUGAAUGGCGCCUAUUGCUCUAGUAGGCCAAUGCGCAUAAGUGCGGCAACACCAAAAAAAACCAGCGGCCUUCCACAGCCUUAUGCCAUAGCCAAGGCAGUAUAUCCAACUGCAGUCUAUCCUACUGUGAUACCAACAGUUCCUGAAAGUGACAUCAAUAACACUACUGUUUUUGUUGGCAAUCUGGACCCUAAUGUUACAGAGGAGGAACUGCGACAAAUUUUUUCGCAACUUGGGGAGAUUAUUUAUGUCAAGAUUGUUGCUUCUAAAGCAUGUGCUUUCGUACAGUUUGCUGCAAGGGCAUCUGCUGAGGAAGCAAUUCAGAGGAUGAGUGGAACUAUGAUUGGUCAACAAAUAGUUCGUGUGUAUUGGGGUAGGAGCCCAGCUGCUAAACAGGACUCUGGUCAAUGGGGUCAGGUAGCUGAUGCAAGCCAAUGGAGUGCUUAUUAUGGCUAUGGACAGGGAUAUGAUGCAUAUGCGUAUGGAGCCACUCAAGAUGCCUCCAUGUAUGCAUAUAGUGCUUAUCCUGGCUACACCCAAUACCCUCAACAGAGUGAAGGAGCUCAAGAUAUGGCACUCACUGCCCCGGCUAUGGACCAAAAGGAAGAAAGACACGACCCCUUGGCCACACCUGAUGUUGACAGGUUAAAUGCUUCUUACCUUGCCGUUCAUGCAAGUGCCAUCUUAGGCAGGACAAUGUGGCAAAAGGCAUAAUAAUAAUCCCUUCCGAUCUAAAUCAUACCUCGUAGUGAUUCAAUAUGGUUUAAUUUUUGUAAUGACACUCUCAAAGGGAUAAAUGAAACCUAGUCCAGCAUUUUACAUGCUACUUCCAUGCCUGGUGGUUCUCCAGUGAAAUGCUAUGUUCCCAACAAUGCAUACAUAUCUUUGUUAGUUGUAUGGCUUUUCCUUAUUGAUUUUGCAGCUCUUCUGAAUAAAGAGCUGUUUGUAUCUCUUAUCAUGCAGAUCCUAAAAACCCCUGGUGCCCAUUUGUUUAGACCUA